AUGGAGGAUAGUUUUGAUUUGACGGAGUUUUGGAGUGACAUUCAAGUUGAAGAUACGGCGAGUACCUGUUAUGGGCUGUCGGAGGCGGUUAGUUUUCAGGUGGAUAUGGCGGCGCGUAGGACUCACGCGCCACCGCCAAGAGGGUUGAGUUAUAGAGGAGUGAGGCAGAGGCCGCGGGGGAAGUACGCAGCUGAGAUAAGGGACCCCAAGAAGAAUGGCUCCAGGAUUUGGCUCGGGACUUACGAGAAGCCAGAGGAUGCGGCUUUGGCUUACGACCGAGCCGCUUUCAAGAUGCGCGGCUCCAAGGCCAAGCUGAAUUUCGCUCACCUCCUUGGCGCGCCGGAGCCGGUCAGAGUGCUUCGGAGGGGCCGAUUGGCGCCGCCGCCGCCGCCGGAGGCUAAUUCAUCCUCAUUUUCUAUUUCAUUUGAUGGCGGCUCGCCGAAGCCGAAAAGAGAGAGGGCUGAUAUCUGCUCAGCGGCUCAAUUAGGCGAUAAUGUUAACAUUCAGGCAGAGGUUGACGCCGAAUAA